UUUGACAGCUGAGUAGCCUGAGGUUAGCAUUAGCAAAGUUAGCCACUUGGCAGUUUAGGAACUGAGUUAAUCUUAUUUUAAGAGUCAUCCGGUUUAGAGGAUUGGAAUCCUGAAAUCGUACCAGGUGACAUCAGAAAAUCCCCCAGGAAUAGUAACUAUAUGUCCCAGAGGAGCCUCGCAGGACACAGGUGCGGCUGUUUGUUUGGGUAAUGUUCCGGAGGCUAACUGGUGUUGAUAAGUAGCAUGCUAGCUGACGGGUGUAUGUCGUCGUUGCUUGGUGCAAAAGUGUGGCUAAACAAUCAACAAAAUGACGGACGCCUAGCAGAUAAGCUCCUAUUAAGUGAUGAGCCGACUUUUGCAUCUUUGGGCCCUUUGACACGCUGUGUGGGUUCAGGAUGGCGCAGGGAGGCUCUCAAGUGGACUACCACAUUCUGCAAGACCUCAAGCAGCGAUUCCCAGAGAUCCCAGAGGGAGUAGUGUCUCAGUUCCUUUUGCAGAACAACAAUAAUGUGGAUAUUUGCUGCCACCUGCUGACUCAAGAGAGUAACAGAUAUCUCUAUGGAGACUUCCAUCAUAGUCCAGAGGAGAUGCGAAUAAGUCGAAACCGUAUGCUACACAUCAGCCCUGGCUAUGCAGGUUCAGAAACAGGUAAAACAAAUGGAGGAGGAGCAGGAGUGGGGCGCUCUUUGGUGCACAGCACCAGUGACAGUCACAUCGACCCUCAACGGCCUAACUACCACGAACCACAGUCGGCCCCUGCCGCUGUGGCCCCUGGUUAUAAUCCGUUUUUUAUGAACAACCAGAGCCGCUCCUCCAGCACCCCCACGCCUCCACCUGCAAUGGGCAUGUCCCCCACAUACACCCCAGUUCCACGACAUUCUAUGAGCCCUAUAACGGUCACUCUUUCACAAACCAUACCUACUCUCCAACAGGCUCUGCAGAUUCCGCCUGGGCCCUAUGAUAACAGCAACAAUACCAAACUGUACAUGCGUCCCUCACCCUCUCAGAGCCCACAGCCAGUUCCUUGGCCCUCCACAACCGUCUACCAGCAUCAGCAGUCCCCUUACAGUACUCCCACAUAUGGCUCUCCUUACAGCUCGCCUCAACACCAGGUCCAGCCACAAACUGGACCUCUGCCAUGUGUCUUCCUCCCUAUAAGUCCUCCAACCCACACAAAUAUGCCCUACCAUCACCAGCAGCAAACCCCGCAGCAAUACAGGCCCUUCCAGUCCAAAAACCCUUUAACAAAGCAGAUAGAAAUCACCUUUGAAGGCCCACGACCUCGCAGCAACUCACCUGUGCACACCCCAAUUCCCCAGGCCCCCCUUUACAUGCCCUCAAGCCCCUCGCCCAGCUCCCCUUCACGGGCAAUCUCCAUCACCGGACCUUCUGGACCAGCACCAUUUCACCCGGGAAUGUAUCUGCCGCACCAGGGCAACACAAGGCCUCAGCAGGCCUCCUCUCCCCAGCCGGGCCAGUCUAUGUAUAGCUUCAAAAUUAAGGUGUCCCCUGGAGGCCAUGUACAAAGACCACCAAGUUCACCACCUGUCGCUGAAGCUGAGCCUCUUCUCAACAUUGUAGAUCAAGAUGAGCACAGCUCUACCCCAGCACCCAUCCUGCCCAUCUCUGCCCUGCCAGGGAAGAUUGUCAGUCAGUUUCAGCAAUUUCCUCGGCGUUCAAGCUCAGCCUCAGAUGACUAUGCCUACACACAAGCUCUUCUGCUUCACCAGCGGGCAAGGAUGGAGCGUUUGGUAAAGCAGCUCCACAUGGAGAAGCAGAAGCUAGAGCAGCUUAAGGCGGACGUCAAUAACAUGGAAUACGAAGCCCUCCAGAGGCGUUUUCGACGAGUGAACUCCUCAAAUCUUGUACCCAGACCUGAGGAGAUUACCCGACUACGGACUCAUAACAGACAGCUGCAGAUUGAUAUUGACUGCACACUGAAGGAAACAGACCUGCUGCAGUCCAGAGGGAAGUUUGACCCUAAAGCAAUUAGCAACUUUUAUGACAACAUUCAACCCGGUCCGUUGGGGCCAACCAAUCCUGGGAAGAAAGAAGGGGAGCCGGCCUCCAAGCCACCACCUCAAAGAGACGAGGAUUUUGAAGGAGCUCACUGGAACUGUGACAGCUGCACCCUCCUCAACCAUCCUGCACUCAACCGCUGUGAGGCAUGUGAGAUGCCACGCUACAGCUGAACUUGGCAUGGCACUGCAGCGCCCAUCCUUGGCCCAGUUUUUGCAUAACUUUGGAAACCCCGAACCACGUCCCCCAGGAAUCUAUCUCAAGGUCUGCCCCUCUGUCAAUCAAUAUACCCCCCCUCCCUCCACCUGCUGAGGAAGAGCCACUACUUCUCCCCAUCCUCUGAUUACUUCUCCUUUUGCCCUCCACUACUGUGCAUUAUGAUCUUUUCUUUGGAUGUUGUUUCCUGGCAUAUGUCAAAGAGGGGCUUGAAAAGGUGCAACUGUGGUGAAGUGGAACAAAAUGGUUUAUGGAUGAAGAAGAGGCGGCAAUGGUUUACCUAGCGAACAUUCCAGGCAGAAGAGUGACUGCUCUGUUUACACUGUGCCGAUUACUGAACACAGAAAGAAGGCACGUCUACUUUAAUCCAAGACCUGUGUUUUCUUAAUGACAGAAGAACAAUGAACGAAGUGGUAUGCAAGUUGUGACAAAUGCGAAUUGUAGAUUGUACACUGUAUCUGGCUCAUUAUGAGAGCUCAUAUCACUGAAAGAACACUAAAAGACACUUGCAUAAAGUAUACUCCUUGUACUUUUAUGCAUAUUAUGCCACCAUGUAUUAUGUGUUCAAAGAUGUUGAUUUCCUGUGCAAAUGCCUCAACUUGCUGUACUUAAUAAAAGAGCUGAUUCUAUGUGACUUGA